AUGGAUCCCAAAGGCAACAACUUGAAUCAAGAACUCUUCUGUAGAGGCCUCAAGUCCAACAGUCAAACAUGUGACUCUUGCCACUACAGGCAAGCAAGGAAGCCUAGUGCCACUCACCAGUGCUCGAGAGGAAGCAUUAUUAACUAUGUCAUCAACUUGGCUUGCUGGUUAUCACAAGCUGGCCAAGGGCCUAGCACCAUCAGCAGGCUUGUGAAAGAUUCACAUGAAAAUUAUAUUCAGGAUCAUAAGGAAAUUACCAGCUCACAAAUGGUUGGAAGCCAAGCACACACUGGCAGGCACAUCCCUAGUAUCUCAACAUCAGGGAACAUGUUUCAUAUUGCAUCAGUGGCCAUGUUGACUUGUGGUGUUGAUAGGGAUGGUCUUAUCAGAGUGUCCAAAGCCCCAACCAAGAACAGCAAAAAUGAAAUCCAGGCUAUGAAAAACUGUGGCUGUUACCUUGAACAACAGCUCAUCAUUGAAAGUGGAUGGAAUUAUCACAAGGUCACCAGUCAGUUACAAAGCUGGUUUCCUAAAGUCUUCGAUUACCUCAAUGUUCAAGCUGAGAAACAACAAUCAGCUACAUUGCAGCAUGAACAUGAAAAGAAGCCAAUUUGGCAGCUCCUCAACAAGUGCAGACAAACACUAACAGUCAUUGAUAUUGGGUUUCUGGCUAGGUGUGAUCUUGUGAAACAUAAGGGCCAGGACAAAGCAAAUAAUUCAGUUAACAUCAAGUCAGAUAAUGAUAUUGCAAGUUCAUUGAUGGAGCUUGAUAUGUCCUUGGAUUCAGACACCAAGGACCCAAAGGGUAAAGGCAAGGCAGCACCUGCUAAGUCACCCAUGAGAAGACAGAAUGUCACACUCCGCCCCCCCCCAUUGUCAUCAGAAGCUACUAGGAAAGCAGUUCAGAAGAAACUCAAAAAAGAACCUGCAAGUGGCACUGCUGUUCCCUUGUUUUUAAUGAACUCUGAGUCUGCCUCUGAACUUGAACCACCUCCAUCAACCCAGAUCAGGGCUCAAUCCAAUAGUUAUACUACCCUCAAAGUAAAGAACAAGAUAUCUGCUCCACCAGACUUUGUCUCAGUCAGCAAAGCAGAUGUCCUGUGGUAUGACAAGAUACAGGACAAUGACCCUUUCACAGAAUACAUCAAUCCUUGGGACUCCCAUUACUCUAUGCUGAAUCUUGCCAACCUCUGAGUAAUUUGAGAGUCGGCAUAGGCUAUGUUGCACAACAUUUGAUGGUAACUAGGUCUAUUUCCCAAAUCACAGGCACAUUAAUUUCGUAGUUUUUGUUCUUUGUGCAUCACCAUUCAUACUAGUAUCCUCAUCAUCUCAUUCCAUAUUGCUACAUUCAACUUGCACCCUCAUAAUGCCUCACCUACUAAUGAUAUCUUGCAGUCAGAUACAUGAUUUACUUGUUACUACUUUGUAGACACUCAUUUGAUGCAGAUGUCUAUA